GCAUUAGAGGAAGCAGGCGGGGUUCCGCACGCUUUAGGAGGGUUUUAGCUGUUCGGGAAUAAAAAGUGAAACUUCUCCGACAACAUGAACGGAUCCGCACACAACGCGCCGAGCGUUGUAGAAAUGACGCUGAAAAGAGGCCCGGUCAGUCUGGGGUUUAAUAUAGUGGGUGGAGUUGACCAGCAGUAUAUUAUGAAUGACAGUGGAAUCUAUGUGGCAAAAAUCAAAGAUGGUGGAGCGGCUGCACUGGAUGGACGUCUGCAGGAGGGAGACAAAAUUCUUGCGGAUAUGAAGAGUUAA